UCAAUUUGCCCCCCAAUUUGCCAUUCUCAAAAUUAUUUUACUUUCCCGCCUCUCGAGACUCCCGCGAACUGAAUAUCUCCGCUGUCACGAACACCCACAGUUCCUCUCUUCGUCUGUUCCUUCGCGAUUUCUUUUACCGAAAUUCCUUAUUCGCAUUUUUAAACCCUAAACCUCGUCUCAGUUCUUCACGUUGGUACUUUAGAUCUGCUCGAGCGCGAAUGGAGGGCUCAAGGAAUAAAUCGUUUUUCCAAGACAUCAGAUCUAGGGAGCUCAAUGGGUUCAGAGUGAAAAAGAGACCAUUUGAAAGUACCGAGUCCGCACAGUUCAGUGAAAUAGGAGCUGUUUCGGUUGAGCAUGAUGGUCAGACAUCACCCCCCAUGGCUGUCUCUUUCUGCAAGACAAGCAGAAAUUGCCAUAUAAUUGCCGUUUCUGAUGAGGGUGGUUAUAUUAGCUUGUAUAAUACACGCUCCAAGUUUCUGUCUUCUUCCACUAACCAGGGAAAUGCAGACCGGGCAAAGAUUUCUGAAUGGGUUGCACAUGAAAAUGCUAUAUUCGACAUAUGUUGGAUCCAGGAAGACAGCAACAUAGUAACAGCUUCAGGUGAUCAAAGUAUAAAAGUAUGGGAUGCAAAGGAACAGAAAUGUGUAAGCACAUUGAUGGGCCACACUGGAAGUGUGAAAUCUCUUUGCGUUCAUCCUACAAAUCACAAUGUAAUUGUAUCUGGCUCACGAGAUGGGUCCUUUGCUCUAUGGGAUUUGAGGUGCUAUAACAACAGUAACCAGAGACUUUGUAAACCGCCAAUUGCUAUGGUGCGUCAGGCUCAUGCUUCUCCUUGUGCAAGGCAGAGCAGACAUAAAAAGGCUUCUUCUAUGAGCAUCACCUCUGUUUUGCAUUUAAAAGAUGAGAUCUCCAUCGCUACUGCAGGAGCAGUUGACAGUAUAAUAAAGUUAUGGGACACAAGGAAUCUGAAAUCUCCUUUCAGUCAAGCAUGCCCUCAUCCAGAUGUAUCAGCUCAGAAGCAAAGAAAGCUGCAUGGCAUAUCUAGUUUAUCUCAAGAUUUAAAUGGAGUGUUUAUCUCUGCAACUUGCAUGGACAGCAGAAUAUACCUAUAUAACGUACUUCAGCCAGAGAAAGGGCCAGUGAAGAGCUUCUCCGGAUGCCAAAUCAAUUCAUUCUUUGUGAAGUCAUCAAUAAGCCCGGAUGCAGCACACGUCUUAAGUGGCUCUAGUGAUGGGAAUGCAUACAUAUGGCAGAUAAGGAAUCCUCAAGCAGAUCCCAUUAUACUGAGUAGCCAUGAAGGAGAAGUUACUGUGGUUGAUUGGUGCCCAUCUGAGACUGGGAAAAUAGCAACAGCAUCAGAUGAUUUCACGGCCCGCAUUUGGAAUAUCCAAAGCAGUUGUUACUCCAACACAAGAUCUCCUUCUUCAAUUCGAAGGAGAAUAAUGGCACCAUCAGGUGUUGAAUGUCGGAAGCUGAAACUGUUUCCUGAUGAAAAAACAGAUUCCACCAGAAAUGAUCUCGACGUUAGCCAUUCAGAUGUAGUGACAUGCGAUUUCAAUUCCCCGUGUGGGAUGGUCUGUGUCCCAGAAAUAUGUACUCCAGAGUCCCAGAAAAGGAAGUAUUUGGCAUUGGAUUAUGAGAUAAAAGACAUGGAAAAAACUCCAGAAGCUUCAACCAGGAGCCCUUCUUCUGUUCUGAAUCUCCCAUCUUCUCUAAAGAAGAAAACAAUCAGGGAUUACUUUCGUACAACCCCGUCAUCCUCAUUCUAAUUCUACUGGUUGCGUUACAUGUAAAAAAGGCGAUUCAAGUCUGCUUAUUUUUGUUUCAUACACUCCUGAAUGGCAGAUACUGUAAUAUAUUAACCCAAGGUUUUGGAAGGAAAAAAUACACUUCUAUUCAGUUUUAGAUUGGAAACAAGGACUCUAGUUUAAGAUUUUUAUACGAGUAGUUGUAUAGACUAUAGAUUAUGUUGAGUUGGAUCAAUCCAUGCAGUUUGAAAAUGAAAGA